CCAGCCUCUCGCCUCUACAACACCCCAGCCUCUCCUCUCUCAACAGAACUGGACGCCAAGGCAGAGAACGCGGACGCGCGCACGUCAGCUCGGCAAUAAUCGGGCACUGCUCACAGGUUCACUGUCGACUCCUGGACGCAAUGGACAUCAUGAUGCAAGCGCUGAAGGACCUCAAGCUCCUACAACUCCAAACGUCCAUGGAGAGCGGAGGCACGGCCAGCGCAGCCGAUGCCGCCGCCGCUGCUGCUGCACACAAGCGGGGCUUGCAUCAGGCCACGUACCCCACCCCGCCAAACCACGUCAGCUCAACAAGCUGCAACAGCUGCACGAGGAAUUCAUUUCGAAGAGAGGAGAGCGACACCUGCCACCACUGGGCCUCCCGGGCAGAGGACGGGCCCUCGAACGUGCGGCGCGCCGACUGGACGGCGUGCCUGCUGUCGGCAGAGGGCAGGAAGCGACAGCCCAUCGUGCUGGGAGACAACAGCUUUGCCGACCUCAUCACGGACUGGAUAGAGGCGGCCGAGCCACCGUCCGAGAAACUGCCCAGCAGCAGCAGCAGCAGCGGCGUGAAAGCGUCCUCGCCGCUGGAGAGCUGCAAGAGGCUCUUCGGCAUGGGUGGGACUCUGCAGCGGAAACUCUCCAGCCUCAGGCCAGGCAGGAAGGUCCACAGCAAGGCGUACAAAGUCAGGGACGGCGAGCAGGCGGUACGCAAGCAUCCCACCGAACAGCUCAAGGUGGAGGCGAGAAAGUGCCAGGCGCCGUACGACCUGUUCAACUCGCACGCACGAUGCCAGGCUGCACGCGUACACAAGGCAUUGUGAGGCGUUUGGCGUCGGGGCAGUUGAGCGGUCGGUGUUCAAAGAUCACGAAGAACUUGUGCCCCGUGUACAUUUUCAGACAUUAACAGUGGCUUUAUUUCUCUUGGACCCUUGAACUGGGCAUGUAUUGAAUACGAUAUGCUCAAUAAUUAUGUCAAAGUGGAUUUGAAAGGAAAGUGCCCUGGAAGGUUUUAGCGUUGUAGUGAAAAUGGAAACUGGGUACCCUGGUGGUGGCCACCUGUUUCAAUGUAUCGGGUAACCUUUAGGUGUUGUAUAUGAACUUGAGACCGUUUAAAAAAAGAAAUCCCAACAGCUGACGCUCUUUAAUGAGCCACUUUGUUUUCGCGAGGGCUUUUUGAACAAUUGCUUAAUGGAAGAGCGCGCAGAAAUUCCAACCACAGAAACCCCCUCCAAUAGAAAAGUCAAUUUAAAAAGGAAAUCGCUGGGAGUCAACUCUCCAAAGUGUGCCUUCAAAAGAGGACCUGUUUAACUUCCACUUAAACCCUCGACUCAAACCAGCUGUGUUGGCAAAGGACCUUUCUCAGCAGCGCGAAACAACUCGUAACCACGUGCCGAGUAUACAUUACGAACUGGCAACACAGCCUCGUCCUUGUCAGAUGGAGCACUCGAGACCUUGGUUACAUAUUUUACAAAGUGGCAGCGUGGAUUGAAUAUUGUGGCUGCCUCUUGAUCCGUACUUUAUAAAGUUGCAACAUUUGGCAGCG